AUCAUUCUCGUAUUUCUGAAAUUUGUCUACUCAUCGGUGUUUCCUCACCUGAACAACGUUAACCAUGGCAAACUUCUUUCUCAGUUUUCUCACUUCAUAUGCUAAUGCUCAACAAAACUACUCGAAGGAUUCAGCACUAGACUGCAACGCCAAUGAUGAUGCAGGACCAUCCUCUGCAUUUCUUUACACCUGCAAUGGCCAGGACCAAUCUUGCCAGGCCUUUCUGAUCUUCAAAUCUCAACCUUCUUUUAACUCGGUGCCUUCAAUCUCAGCCCUUACGUCGGCAAACCAAGAAGAGCUGGCAAGAAUCAACAAUGUUACAAGGCUAUCAGAGUUCCCUACCAACAAUGAGGUGAUUGUUCCUGUAAAUUGUUUUUGUUUUGGCCAAUAUUACCAGGCCAACACUACAAUUCAGGUCACGACUACUCAUGGAACCUACUAUGUCAUAGCGAAUGAAACUUACGAGGGAUCAUCUACUUGUGCUGCGCUUAAGCAUUUGAAUAUACAUGGUGAAUAUGAUUUGUUGCCUGGUGAGGAACUGCAAGUACCACUUCGAUGUGCUUGCCCUACAACGAAUCAAAUGAUAAGAGAAACAAAGUAUCUAGUGACUUACCCUCUUAGCUCAGAUGAUAACAUUCCUGAUAUUGCUGACAGAUUCAAAGUAAGCACCAAGGAUAUACUUGAUGCCAAUGGUAUGGAAGAAAAUCCAACUCUUUAUCCUGAUACAACAAUUCUCAUACCUCUGCCUACUCAACCUACAAGUUCACAAACAAUAAUUCACAGCAACCCAAACAUUUCUCCUCCAUCAGCUUUGAGUCCUAGAAAUAGAGGAUCAAAGAAAAAACAUUAUGAGUCUGCUGGGCUUGCUGCAGCUUGCUCUUUGCUAGUCAUCAGUAUCAUUACAGCUGUCGUUUUUCUCUCUUGCAAAAAGACAAGAGAAAAGGUUUCUGGGAGAGGUAGAGAAAGAAAACAGGCAGUGCCAGAAGACAUUCGUGUCGAAAUUGCAAGCUAUGAGCAAGUUUUGAAAGUCUUCAAAUUCGAAGAGGUAAGGAAAGCUACUGAAAAUCUCAGUUCAGAAAGUAGAAUAAAUGGCUCUGUGUAUCGUGGAGAGUUUGGUGGGGAGAUCUUAGCUGUCAAGAAGAUGAGUAGAGAUGUAACAAAGGAAGUGAACAUUUUGAAGAGGAUCAACCACUUCAAUUUGAUUAAGCUUGAAGGUGUAUGCGAAAAUCGUGGCUGUUUCUACCUUGUUUUGGAGUAUAUGGAAAAUGGGUCCCUUGGAGAGUGGCUGUCCUGUAAAAAGUUCGAAGAAACUGGAAAUUGGGCACAGAGAAUUCAGAUUGCUCUGGAUGUUGCUAAUGGACUUUACUAUCUUCACAGCUUCACCGAACCUGCCUAUGUGCACAAGGACAUCAAAAGCAGCAAUGUUCUGUUAAACGGCAAUCUAAGGGCCAAGAUUGCAAAUUUCAGUCUUGCGAGAGCAGCGACAAGCGCUGCCAUGACAAAACAUGUUGUGGGCUCUAUAGGUUACAUGGCGCCUGAGUACGUACGGGAAGGACAAGUGACCCCCAAGAUUGAUGUUUAUGCUUUUGGAGUCAUUUUGCUGGAACUGAUCACAGGGAAAGAUGCUGUUUUCACACAGGAUGGCAGGGAAGCCCUCCUUUCAACGGAAAUAUUUUCUAUCAUGGAGAAUAAAAACCCUGACGUUGAGCUGGAUUUCUUUGUCGAUCCUGCUCUAAAAGGAAGUUGUGGGACAAACUUCGCAUUAUGCUUGGCUAAAGUAAGCGUAGCCUGCUUGAUGAAAGAACCAGCAAGGAGACCUAGUAUGGAGGAAGUGGUAUCAGUUCUGUUGAAAAUUCAGGCAAAUGUACAGAAAUCAUAAUUAUUAAUUCACUCUGUUGUUGAAGCAGCCAAACUAUGGUGUCCAUCACUAGGUGAAACUACUUGGAAAGAAGAAACCAUUUCAAAGUAAAAGUCAUUUGCAUGUAGGUUUUCUUA